AUGGUUGUGGUGUUAAGUGUGGCAUGUGUGGUGGCAGGUGAGGCACAACAAGAACCGGGUGAAGUCACUGAAAUGUCUCAAAUGAAUUCGCAUCCUUCUGUAGGUUCUGGAGUACUUCCUGCUGGUGAUGAUGGUGAUGAUGAUACUUGUAAAGCUAAGCCUCCUACUUCAGACUGUUUAAGUAGCCGUAAUGAACCUGUAAUUCCUCCUGCUGAAUGUGCGGACUCUCAUGAAAAGAAAGGUUGCACUACCACUACUCUUAAACCCAAAGAGAGUUGCGCUGACGGUGGUAAACCUCCUUGUCCACCAAAGGCAACGCAAGAAAUGGGUUCUGGUGAAGAUCAUCGAAAAAAUGAUAGCGAACAUCCAGCUCCCAUUGGUCCAGUUGUUCCUGCAGAUGCCGGGGAUUCUGUUUCUAACGGAGUACGUGAAGAUAGGGCUGAAGCACGUCCCGAUGGUGCUCCAGGUGAACAAAAUCUUCGGGAUACUCAACCUGGAAAAGAAACUGAAGCUUUUCCUUCCCCUGCUGCACCUGAACCUGUCGAUAAGAGUCCUGCUGUACCUGUAAGUGGACCAGGAAGGGAAAGCGGGGAUAAAAGUUCGACAGAUAAAAGUGCAGCUGAAGUGGAAGGUACCGAAGCACAACCUUCUACUUCUCCCACCAAUUCAACCCAAGAGAAUACCGGUGAUAACAGUGCAAACGCUGAGAAUGGUAGUACUACUGAAGGAAGUGCGUCAUCAAAUAACCCAGCUAAUGAGGAAUCAACCUCAACCACCACCACUACAACCACCACCACAACAACAACACUUCCUCCUGAACUCACAAACAACAAGAAGGGUGAUGCAGACAGCAGCAGCAGCAGUAUCAGCAGUUCUGUGUGGGUGCGUGUACCACUACUGAUUGUGGUUACACUGGCCUGUAUUCUUGUGUGCUGA